GACCAAAUCAAAUGAGGCCAAACACGUGAGAAUAUUCAAUUCUAGAUUCUCAUCCCAAAAAGGGUAUAUAUAGGAUGUUCAUUUUGCUUACGUGAGGCUGACGACGAUGCAUAUAUGGAAUUUUAUUAGCAAGGGAAAUCUCUAAGAAAAGCUCAACCAACAAACCACACACGCCAAAACCAUCAACUGUCAACUCCUACAAUACUCAUAGAAAAAGAAAAACGUUACACCAUCUUUCAUAUCAAUCACCUAAACAUUCUUCUCCUACCAAUCAAUCAUCACACCAUGCCUCGCUGCUCCUUUGGCUGCAUCUACUGCACAAUCUACACCUUAAUUUUCAUGUUCAUGCUCUCCAUGAUCCUCUUUUGGAUAAUCAUCUCUCCCUCAAAUGUCAAGUUCCGUGUAACUGAUGCCUCCCUCACACAAUUCAACCUCACAAACAACAACUUGUACUACAACUUCAAGGUCAACAUCACAGUGAGAAACCCUAACAACAACAUCAUAGUUUACUAUAGGAGGAUCACAGCAAUAGCUUGGUACAAGGACAAUGAAUUUGGUUGGAUGAGCUUAACAACCUUUGACCAAGGCCACAAGAACACAACGUUCCUUCAUGCAGUGUUUGAAGGGCAUAGUGUGCUUAAGCUCAAAGCUAAACAACUUGGUGAGUACAAAGAGGAGACAAGUGUUGGGGUUUAUGAGGACUUGGCUGUGGAUUUGGACCUUAGAAUAAGAACCAAGUAUGGAAGGUUCAAGAGUGGUCGUUUCAAUCCACCCGUUGUUCAGUGUGGCAGCUUGAGGGUUCCUUUGAUUUCUAGUGGCAAAAUAGCACCUCCUUUUAGUGUCAAGAAAUGCAGCACUGGUUCUUUCUUUGUGGAUCGUGAUGCUGAAUCAGGGUGAAACCUCUAUACCCUAAAAAUAUGAGUUGACAAUAAUAUGUUAAUUGUACAUAAUUUUUCCAUUUCCUAAUCUGCACUCUGCAGACUUAUGUAAAAGUGUUGCACAUAUAAUAUAUACAUACCUAUAAUAAAAAAAAA